AUGAGAUCACCGUGGCACAGCUGCAUGUGUAGUCACUGUUGAAGCAAUUGCACACCUAAUUGGCUGACAAUCUUGGCAUUUUUCAAACAAACACAAGCCUUUUAAAGCCAGGGGACGUAUUUAUGUAUGAGUAGUCCAAUAAAUCUGUUGGGUGUCAUCAAUGGAGCCCUCUGGCACUGAACAGUUGUGUGAUGACCCUGAUCCUGGAGGCAAAUCCCAAGAUCAAGAGACCAAAAAACAACAUGAAUCAGAGCAAAAAUUAUCCAAAAUAACCCAUAAUGCUUUGGAGAACAUUAAUGUGAUUGGUCAAGGCUUGAAGCACCUUUUCCAGCAUCAGCGCAGGAGGUCGUCGGUUUCUCCGCAUGAUGUUCAGCAAGCUCAGGCUGAUCUGGAGCCUGAAAUGGAUCUGGAAAGCCAAAGCGUCUGUGCUGAAAUUGAUGGUGUCUCCACCCACCCCACAGCUCUGAACCGGGUGCUUCAGCAGAUCAGAGUGCCACCUAAAAUGAAGAGAGGGACAAGCCUGCACAGCAGGCGGGGCAAGGCAGACGCCCCGAAAGGAAGCCCGCAGAUCAACAGGAGGUCUGCCCAAGAUAUUCAGUCAGGUCGGCCCAGAUCGUCAUCUACUACAGAUGCUCCCACGAACUUGUCCGUGAUGGAGAUUGCUUCUUCUAUCUAUGUAGGUGGAGAGGAGGCCACAGCAGCAGCAAUCGAGCGAUUGGAAGUCAGCAGCUUAGCACAGACCUCCAGUGCAGUGGCCUCGAGCACUGAUGGCAGCAUCAAUGCAGACUCUGUUGAUGGAACCCCAGAUCCUCAGCGUACAAAAGUGGCUAUCACACACCUGCAACAGAAGAUACUGAAGUUGACCGAGCAGAUCAAAAUUGAACAAACAGCCCGUGAUGACAAUGUGGCAGAGUACCUGAAACUGGCCAACAAUGCAGACAAGCAGCAGAGCGCCCGCAUUAAGCAAGUGUUUGAGAAAAAAAAUCAAAAGUCAGCCCAGACCAUCUUGCAGCUGCAGAAGAAGCUAGAACAUUAUCAUCGAAAGCUCCGAGAGAUUGAACAGAAUGGGAUCCCUCGGCAGCCGAAGGAUGUCUUCAGGGAUAUGCAUCAGGGUUUGAAAGAUGUUGGAGCAAAAGUCACGGGCUUCAGUGAGGGAGUAGUAGACAGUGUAAAAGGUGGGCUUUCCAGUUUCUCCCAAGCCACGCAUUCAGCAGCAGGAGCUGUGGUUUCCAAACCCCGGGAGAUUGCCUCCCUCAUAAGGAACAAGUUUGGGAGUGCAGACAAUAUUGCUAAUCUGAAAGACUCCUUAGAAGAAGGCCAGGAAGAUGGGACAGGAGGCAAGGCUCUAGGUGUUAUUCAGAACUUUCAGUCAAGCCCAAAAUAUGGCAGUGAAGAGGAUUGCUCCAGUGCCACGUCGGGCUCAGUGGGAGCCAACAGCACAACAGGGGGCCCUGUGGGAGCUUCUAGCUCCAAAACAAACACUCUGGAUAUGCAGAGCUCAGGGUUUGAUGCAAUACUGCAUGAGAUUCAAGAAAUUCGAGAGACACAGGCAAGACUGGAAGAAUCAUUUGAGGACCUUAAGGUUCGCUAUCAGAGGGAUUACUCAUUAAUAAUGCAGACUCUGCAGGAGGAGCGGUACAGAUGUGAAAGACUCGAAGAGCAGCUAAAUGACCUGACUGAGCUCCACCAGAAUGAGAUCCUCAAUUUAAAACAGGAGCUGGCCAGCAUGGAGGAGAAAAUUGCCUAUCAGUCUUACGAGCGAGCCCGGGACAUCCAGGAGGCACUGGAAGCAUGCCAGACCCGCAUCUCCAAGAUGGAGCUGCAGCAGCAGCAGCAGCAAGUGGUACAGCUGGAGGGGCUGGAGAACGCCACGGCCAGGAACCUGCUGGGGAAGUUCAUCAACAUCCUCCUGGCUGUCAUGGCUGUCCUCCUCGUCUUCGUCUCCACUGUGGCCAACUGUGUCGUGCCCCUUAUGAAGACUCGCAAUAGGACGUUCAGCACUUUAUUUAUAGUGGUUUUCAUUGCCUUUUUGUGGAAGCACUGGGACGCCAUCACCGGCUACUUGGAACGGUUCUUGUCUCCCCCCAGAUGCAGGAAUUGGCUGCCUCCCCCUCCUCCCGGCGCUCUCAGUGAGCAAGUGUGGCAAAGAUUAGUCAGCAACUACUCCGCUGAAGUUUUAAAGUGUCCGAGUGAAUUUGUUUACAUUUAGAAUAACGUUUUUUCUCUGCGAGAUGCAUUGCAAUAGUAUUUUUUAGAUUUUAUUCAAGAACUCUUUUUGGCAAGAAUCCUGGAUAAUUUUUAUGUAGCAUGGUUCUCUUUGGAUGCAAAUCUUAAGAUUCUUUAAAGUGUACAAAAUAAAUAAAAUACAGAAAUUUGGAGCAUACCAAUGGGCAAUUUAAAUUGUGGCUUGAACUACUGUACUAAACCUGUCAGAAAGAAGAGAAUGUGGUUAGCUUAAGAUGAGCAAAGCUCAAUCUAGUGCACAGCCUUGAAUGAUGGUACCACAGCAAACCUGUAACACUAAACUUUUACUGUGAAGUCUGCUCACAUUCCAUGUCCAAAUGUAUGCGUUCAGAGUGGUUUCUUUCCUUAACAAGAGAAAAACAACAAUGUGUGGAUCUCUUUCCCAGCUCAGCGUCUGGGUUCACCAUUUGUGCUAACCUGACUUAAAAUAACUUUCUAUAAGGCUGGCUAACUUUGCUAAGCAUAUGAAGUGGAAGCCUCAUGCCAUACACAGUAACUGCACAGUCGUGCUACAGUAUUUUGAAGUAGCCCUUGAAAUACUUAUCUUUAAGCAGAAGCCCUUGGUCGCACUUUUAAGGUUUUUUUUAUAUAUGUAUAUUCACAGAUUUAAAAAAAAUCCAAACAGCAUACUUGAAGAGUGUAAUACUCAAACUCUCAGUGCUUCCUUAUUGUUUCUAAUAGGAUUUUUUAUUAUAAUUAUUAUUAUUAUU